AUGGUUAAGAAAACUGUUUUGAAGGUUGAGAUUGAUUGUCUCAAAUGCAAAAAGAAGCUCAUCAAAGCUGUUUCAUCUCUUCGAGGGAUAGAUGAAAUAGAAGCGGAUGAAAAGAAAGGAACAUUGACUAUAAUAGGGAAUGCAGAUCCAUAUGACAUAAUAGUUCGAAUAAGGAAAGCGGGUAAAAGUGCUCGAAUUCUAAGUAUUGGGCCGCUUCCUAUCCCAGAUCCUCCAAAGCAAGAGUCUCCAAAGAAGCCAGAAGAAGAUAAAAAGUCUGAAGAAAAACCCGAAGAAAAGCCUGAAGAAAAACCAGAAGAAAAGCCUGAAGAAAUUAAAAAGCCUGAGGAAAAACCUGAAGAAAAGUCUGAAGAAGUUAAAAAGCCGGAGGAAAAGCCUGAAGAAAAACCUGAAGAAAAACCUGAAGAAAAGGCGGAAGAAAAGAAUAAGUCGGAAGAUAAGAAUAAGUCGGAAGAAAAUAAUAAGCUCGAACCAACGAGUUCAAAUUCGGUGAAUCCAAAUCAAAUAUCUAAUAUACCGCCCUAUAUGAUGAUGCCUCCUCAGUACUACUACCCACAAUACUACCCGAUGCAUCCUCACUACUACUACCCACAACAUUACCAAGCCCAAGCCCAAGCCCAACCCCAACCAAUGCCUCCUCAGUACUCCUACCCACAAUACCACCAGGCUCAACCAGUUGCUGUGCUACACAUGGCUAAGUGGGAUGAGCCUGAUACAUCUUGCACUAUAUUGUAA